CACUUCUGACCUCCAAAAAAAAAAAAACAAAGGUUGUUCUUUAAUUUGUUCAACAAAGUGAAUAAACACUUUCCAAAGUCCUUAAUCAGCUCUCCAAUUCCCUUCCCUCUCCAAACAUGUUCCAGUUCCGAGCUAGCGAAAGAUUUAUGUCAAUUUUUAAACCCAAAACAAAGUUCAGUUCACAUGAAAAUCCAAACUACUCCAUCAACACUAAUAACAUCAUCAAAUCCCAACCCGCCGUCCGCAUCAUAGCUUUGUUCCUCAUCAUAGCUUCAAUUCAAGCCCUUUUAAAUGUUUUCAGGAUCGGCUAUUCAUAUUCCAGCUUCGGGUUCCACCACCCGCAGCUCCGGUCGUCUCCUCCGAAAAGUUUUCCGGUCGAGAAUCAUCAUCAUGACUGCAAACAUGGUAAGGUCUAUAUGUAUGAACUUCCUCCGAAGUUCAACAAACUGCAUCUAGAAAACUGCUACGACUUGGACCCUUGGAAAUCCCUCUGCCCGGCGGUUUCCAAUGGCGGGUUCGGCCCGAAAGCGAUCAACCUCGACGGCGUCGUGCCGAAAAAUCUUACACCGGCAUGGUACUGGACGGAUAUGUAUAUUUCCGAGGUGAUCUAUCAUGCCAGGAUGGUGAACUACGGAUGCCGAACGCUGAAACCCGAAGAGGCCACCGCCUUUUACGUGCCGUUUUAUGCCGGGCUUGCGAUUGCGAAGUACUUUUUUUACAAUUACAGUUCCCGAGCCCGCGAUCGCCUGCCGGAAAUGCUGCUGGAGUGGAUCAAGGAACAGCCGUUUUGGAAGAGACGAAACGGGUCGGAUCACUUCAUGGUGUUCGGGCGGCUAAUAUGGGCAUUCCGACAGAUGACGAACGAAAGUACCGAUUGGGGUACUCGUUUCUUCAACAUGCCGUUGAUGCAAAACGUGUCGAAGAUCACGGUGUGUAGAGAUUUAAAGGACGAGUUGGAUAUCAGCGUUCCGUACCCGACGGCGUUUCAUCCUCGAUCAAGAUCCGAUAUCGAGGAAUGGCAACGGUUUAUCCGAUCAAGGACCCGACGGAGCUUGUUUAGCUUCGUGGGCGCGACCCGGAAGAAGAUCAAGAACGAUUUUCGCGCGUUGCUGGUGGAUUAUUGUGUGAGCGAAACUAAUGCGUGUAAAUUUGUGGAUUGUUCGGCGAAAAAAUGCUCCGAUGGAGAACCGGCGAUUCUGGAAGCGUUUCUGGAUUCGAGGUUUUGUUUGCAGCCAAGAGGAGAUGGUGCGACAAGGAGAUCGUUCUUUGAUUGCAUGAUGGCCGGUUCGAUUCCGGUUUACUUUUGGGAAGACAGUUUUAAAGGUCAGUUUGAGUGGCAUUUGCCUUCGGAAGCUGAGAGUUACUCAGUGUUUAUAGACUAUAAAGAUGUGAAGAAGAAUGGUACGGAUUGCAUUAGACGUAAGCUUGAGGAAUUUAGUGAAGAGAAGAUUAGGAAAAUGAGGGAAACUAUCAUUGAUUUUCUUCCGAGGAUUUUGUAUGCGCAGUCAAGUUUAGGUGACCUUCAAGAUGCUUUUGACAUUACCAUUGAAAGCGUGAUGAGAAAGUUCCAAAAAGAAUUGAGAGAUUAAAGAAGCAUUUCCUUUGUAGUUAGAGAUAUAGUGCAUAUGUAAUUGGAAUUCAGCAAAGUGAUUUUUUUAACUUAGGAUAAUGUUUUUUAUUUUUAUUUUUUUAUAACUUAAAUGGGGAAUUACCAUGUACUAUUAGGUCAACGUUUUGAAUACCGUGAUUCCCUUCUGUAUUGCUUCCCAAAAUGUUCGGGUUGAUGACUUUUGUGUUCUUUUA